CUUGUCUCAAUCCAAAGUCGUUUAAACUCAAGCGCUCAACAAGUCACACCAUCCAUUGGAUCAUCUUGGAUCCGGCUACAUCCGAAUUCCACUCUGUGAGCAUUGCAACACAAUUUCUUGAAAUACGGUUAUUCGCUCAUUCAGAAACUCAUUCAAAACCCCCAGGCUACAUUAUCUGAGCAGCCUUGGACCUGUCAGCGGCCUUGUCAACUAUUGCCGUUCGGGAAGCACCUCAGCCGAGGCUUAUACACCCCUAAAAGCAAGAUGCUCAGUUCACCAGUGAACUUGCCCAAGUGGCUGGAAGAGAACUCCCACCUCCUCAAACCACCAAUCAACAACUACUGCGUCUACAAUGAGGAUUUCACCGUCAUGAUAGUUGGCGGCCCCAACGCCCGAACCGACUACCACAUCAACCAAACUCCGGAAUGGUUCUACCAGUACAAGGGUGCCAUGCUUCUCAAAGUCGUCGACAAAGACGACACCUUCCGGGACAUAGUCAUUGGCGAAGGGGACAUGUUCCUGCUGCCGCCCAACACGCCGCACAACCCGGUGCGCUUUGCCGACACGGUGGGGGUCGUGCUGGAACAGAAACGCCCCGCGGGCUCGAUCGACCGCAUGCGCUGGUACUGCCAGAAGGAAACGGGCGGGUGCGGCGCCGUCGUGCACGAGGCCGCUUUCCAUUGCACGGAUUUGGGUACUCAGAUUAAGGAGGCGGUUGAAAAGUUCAAGGCGGAUGAGGGGGUGAGGACGUGUAAGAGGUGCGGGACUGUGGCGGAUUGGUGUCCUCGGCCUGGGUCGAUUAGGGAUCCGAAUCUGAAGUGAUGACACUGUUGAGUGGUGAGGGAGUUGGGUGCUUGUACUACUGAGUCUUGUUCCAGUAUGAGGCAAUUGAGCAAAAUUGAUGAACAGAACUGCAUGCCCUUCAGGGGUAUUAUGUGUUUUAUUCAUAAAAAC